UCAUGGAACGCCCUCGCAGAUUGCGUGAAGUAUAGCCAGCCCUGCACUAUCCUGCACUCGCAGAUUGCGUGAAGUAUAGCCAGCCCUGCGCUAUCCUGCCCUGGGAAAUAACCGGCUGCACGGUCCGUACGGGACGGGUGACAAUGGCCGGGAAAGAACCAGCUCGACCCUACUUUACGAUGUCGGGCGGCAGUUUCAAGGUGGACCAGGCUGCAAGCAGUGCAGCCUCUGAUCUGGACAAUAGCAGAGUUUCCGAAGAAACCAGAGACGCAGCGUGGCACCAGCGAGGGAACCAGGCUGCCGCGAGAAUCCAAGAGUGCCGCGUGUGCCGGUUCGCUUUCACCGACGCGGAGGCCUUCGAAAAGCACACCGCUGACCACAUGCUCGGGAAAACCCACAACUGUCCCGAGUGUGGUAAACUGUAUAUGGCCUCGGGGAACCUCACGAGCCAUUUACGCACGCACGCCGAACCAUCCUUUGAGUGCAGCGUGUGCGGCCAGAAGUUUUAUAACAGAGCUAGCCGCAGGAACCACAUGGUUGCAUGCCACGUAGGCGCACAGGACUGAGAAGCCUUCGACGGGCCUCUUUAACACGGCAGCACGCGCUACGAAAUUUGACGAGCACGUCGGAAAGCACCGUCGCACCUGGCGGUGGAUUCGGCAUCGCUACAGCCGGAUAUGCACCCGGGAAGAGUGACUUCUCUGGAUGUCACCCUGGCGCCAAGACGUGUCGCGUGCCUUUGCAGAAGAGCUUGCCGUCUGCGCUUCAACUGUUCUAGCUCUGCGCUAACUUCUUGACAAACAAAAUUGGGCUAAUCUUAUUCCUUCUGACUAGGGCUGAAGAAGGCCUGCGAAUAAACUUUUUACAGUGGUUAUCUCGAGGAAUACUGUCCGCCAGCUCAGUGGUUUUCUUCGAAGAAUGCACCCAUUCUUCGCAGUCCUCUAGCCAUGGUAAAAAUAAACUUAUAUGCCUCCUAGACUGAGCAACAUGGCGAGAUAUCUUUCUUGGAAAAUAUAGUAGCAAGGAUAUUGAGAGUAGAGUUCUUAAUAGUGAAGUUCAGUAACGUGCCGCCCUAAUAUUCUCGAGCACUGCUGGUAAGGUUAUCAAUAGUUUUAGCACCCUCCAUUGUACAAACAAAUUGUAAAAAUGGUACAGAUUUCUUCAUUCGUGGAAGCUCAAGACUCUGCCCGGUAAAAGGUGAUGCUCAAA